AUGACAGCCCCUCUGCGCAGCACUCCCCACUCCACUGCACUCCCCGCCUCGCAGACAGCGCCCGUCGCGGAAUUUCGCUGUCUCUUCACGCACGAUGUCAGACGAAAGCAGAAGAGAUGGCAGGAUGGCUACCUCAAAUUUCACACGUUCAACAACCGCGUCAUGGUGACCGACCAGGCAAGAAAUCACAUCGGCGACACAUACUGGAAGGAAAGCAAUGAGCUACAGGAGGGCGACGAACUCAGUCUGGACAAAGGCGUGCUGGUCGAGGUCGCAGAGGCCAUGGGCAUCACACAGACUGACCUGGCAUCAGUCGUGGCGAAGAAAAAAGACCCACCAAAAGAGCCUCUUGCCAGACCCACGCCUUCUGCGUCCACCCGGCCAUUCCAGCGGCCGACGUCUGUGGCACCAAGCAAUGUAGCCCGAACGGGAGCUCAGCUGCGGCACAAGUCGCUGAACACCCUCCUUGGCACACCUAAAGGACCCGUCGGGAAGGCGAUGCCUAUGAAGUCCCCGUACGAAUCUAGGAUGGAGAAGCAGAAGGAGAAUGAUCUGGCAGAAGAGAGGGCACCAAAGCGGCAAAAGAUUGCUGAACAUCAAACAGGGUGGAGGGCUUCAAGUCCAGUACACGGAGAUGAGUCCUCACCGGUCAAACGUGUACCAUUAUGGGCCAAAACUGCAGAUGCGAGGACUGUCCAUGCGCCCCACGCAGCCAUCUCACGGCCUUCCAAAGCCAUCACCAUUUCCUCAGAGUCUGAUCCCUCUGUCAUUUCAUCCGACGUGACACUGCCCAGUACACCCGCAAAACCCGUCGAAUCGGUGCCAGCGCCACUUUUGAUCUCUGCUUCCGUGAUUCGGUCCAGCGAACUUGCGGAACCAGCGACUGUCCCACUAGAGACCCCAAAGGCCACAAGACCGAGGAUUCCCCUACCUAAGAAGAAGUCAGUUGAAACACCCAAGCGUCCAGCCCCAAAUUCGUCUCCGCCAGUCAGCGCGUCCAACCGUCUCAUGAAUGUGGACUUUGCCGUUCAGCCCGUGCAAGCACCAGAAAAGAAACCCUCACCGGCCCCUUCGCCGCCCCGCGUUACGAAAGGAAAGGCCUUGCGAUUGUCGACUGGCGUCAAACGCCUGGUCGAACAUGAAGUCAAUUCAAAGACGGCCGAAGAUCGCACUACUGUGCUCUCUCCACAGGCACCGGGAGAUGUCUUUGAUGACCCUGAGAUUACUUAUGGCCUCAUGGACCAGCAGCUCCUGAUUGCGUCUUCGCCUGCGGAGACAAAUCGACCACCGCUAUCGCCUGUGAUAAAACCACCAGUAAUGAAAUCCAUUGCGAGAGGGGUUGUUGAAGAAAAGCCGAAGGCCCAACCUCCCGAGAGGGAGGAUCAAGAAGUUGUAGCCACCGAGCCUAUAGAACCAAAACCGCCCGUUUCGAAGAAAGCGAAGAAACAAACUGCGAAGAAAGCAACGGAAACUCCUCAGACAAUGCCUCCCCUAUCGCCAACUGUUCAACCCGUACUCAAGCCUCCAGAGCCACGCUCAAGAGAUAUUUCGCCCGCGCAUACUGAUACGUACGGCGCGCGAUCACGAACCAGCUCGACAUCUUCUGCCAAAAAACAUUUUUCCACAGGCGGCUUCCCAAAGAGAGCAAAGCGUAUCGCAAAAGAAUCCGCCGCAACAACACCCAUCGCUGAAGCCCCAGCCCUAGCUCCAGCGCCCCCUGAGGAGCCAGUGGCUUUGCCGCCAUAUCCGCUACGAAGUGGGAAGAAAGAACCAUUAAUGAGCACAACUGAGCUCGCUGCUCUCUUGACCAAACCCAGGAAGCGCACACGCGCUGAAGAUCCGAUCGAAGAUGACCCACCACCCACAGGCAAAUCGCCAGCUCGAAAGAUGAGGCGCGUGCGGAGCGAGAACGACGCACCAAUACCGAGCACAGCUGAUGACUGGGAGAAGCGCAAUUUACCCAGAACAUCAAGUGAUCAGGCGGAAGUAGAGGAUUUGCCAGCGCCAGCUCUAGCCCCCGCACUCAAGAAGAAGUCCUCGGGCCUCGCGGCGUUGGUCAAGCGUACGGAUCCGCGCAAGAAGUUCCAGCGCACCCAGAGUUUGAAUGUCGAGACGAAUCUAGCGCCUGUGGAUGAGCCUGAUUUGCCGAGUCCGGUGAUUGAUACUGAUGUUGGACCGUGGAGUACGGAGGCUUUUGAUUUGUUCGAUUGGAGACCGCCGGGUAGGGAAGAGGUGGUGACUUGA